AUGGGACAAUCUCCCAUGGAUCACCUCGCCACCACUCCAGCGAAUCUCGAAGACCGCUUUGAGAUGAUUCUCGACGCGUGCAAAGCAGCGGGGUACCACAGCAUAGACUCAAUGGCAACGGAGUACUAUAACGCCUCGUUUUCUCCCAACAGCUACUUGGCAGCUACGCAGAGUCGCAGCAGGUCUCAGGACCUGCCAGAGCUGCUCGACAACCUUUACGCGGCUUCCUCGCCUUGUGGUCCCGAGAUGCAGAACUCGUGGGCCUUCAACGAGUCGGAAAAGUUCCGGGAGAAAAUAUUAAGGCUCGCCACGAAUAUACUCAUCGACGAAGUGGGUCAGAUGGACAGAGUACAGGAUCAAGCCGCAAGGGUGGCCUCGCCCGCAGCUGAGGAGAAUGAUUGUCAAGGCGAGUUUCUUGUCUACUGGAACGCACCUCUGCCUCGUUUGCACCCUCACAUCGGAUCCCGUUUCGACCAUGGCCCCAACAAUGGCUAUGAGGAGGCUUCUUUCGACGCCGGCUGUGUCUCGCCUUGCGAGAAGCCAAUCGAGGGCAUUUUCUUCCACUCCAGCAGCUGCACCAAGUACCCAGUGAUCGACCACGAAUACGAUGCCGUCGUCGUCGGUGCCGGUGGCUCCGGCCUGCGAGCCGCCUUUGGUCUCGCCGAGGCAGGUUUCAACACCGCAUGUAUAUCGAAGCUGUUCCCCACGAGAAGUCACACUGUCGCCGCACAAGGAGGUAUCAACGCAGCACUGGGAAACAUGCACGAGGAUGACUGGAGGUGGCACAUGUACGACACUGUGAAGGGCUCAGAUUGGCUUGGAGACCAGGAUGCUAUCCACUACAUGACACGAGAGGCACCCGCCUCCAUCAUUGAGCUCGAGAACUACGGUUGCCCUUUCUCCCGAACGGAGGAUGGAAAGAUCUACCAGCGUGCCUUUGGUGGCCAGUCCCAGAAAUACGGCAAGGGCGGACAAGCCUACAGAUGCUGUGCUGCCGCUGAUCGAACCGGCCACGCCCUUCUGCAUACCCUGUACGGUCAGUCCCUGCGACACAACACCAACUACUUCAUCGAAUACUUCGUCGUCGACCUGAUCAUGGAGGAUGGCGAGUGCCGCGGUGUCCUGGCCUACAACCAGGAGGAUGGUACUCUGCACCGAUUCCUCUCGAACAACACGGUUCUGGCCACCGGUGGCUACGGCCGAGCAUACUUCAGCUGUACCUCUGCACACACGUGUACCGGUGACGGUAUGGCCAUGGUUGCCCGUGCUGGCCUGCCAAACCAGGAUCUCGAGUUCGUCCAAUUCCACCCGACUGGUAUCUACGGAGCUGGCUGCCUGAUCACCGAGGGUGCCCGUGGCGAGGGUGGCUACCUGCUGAACGGCCAGGGUGAGCGUUUCAUGGAGCGUUACGCACCAACCGCUAAGGAUCUUGCCUCUCGCGACGUUGUCUCCCGGUCCAUGACCAUGGAGAUCCGUGAUGGCCGCGGUGUUGGCCCCGAGAAGGACCACAUCUACCUCCAGCUUAGCCACCUGCCCCCAGAGGUCCUCCACGAGCGUCUGCCCGGUAUCUCCGAGACAGCCAGCAUUUUCUCCGGUGUCGACGUCACGAAGCAACCGAUUCCUGUCCUGCCUACCGUCCACUACAACAUGGGCGGUAUCCCAACUCGUUACACUGGAGAGGUGCUCACUGUCGAUGAGAGCGGCAACGACAAGGUCGUCCCCGGCCUGUUCGCCUGCGGUGAAGCUGCCUGCGUGUCCGUCCACGGUGCCAACCGCCUGGGAGCCAACUCCCUCUUGGAUCUGGUCGUCUUUGGCCGUGCUGUUUCACACACUAUCCGCGAUAACUUCACACCUGGCACCAAGCACAAGCCUCUCAGCGCUGAUGCCGGUGCCAAGUCGAUCGAGAUGCUCGACCAGAUCCGGACGUCCGACGGACCAAAGAGCACGGCUGAGAUCCGCCUGGCCAUGCAGAAGACGAUGCAGACGGAUGUCAGCGUCUUCAGGACGCAAGAGUCCCUGGACCAGGGUGUCGAGAAGAUUACCGAGGUUGACGGGAUGUUCAAGGAUGUUGGCAUCAAGGACCGCAGCAUGAUCUGGAACUCUGACCUCGUCGAGACUCUGGAGCUGAGGAACCUGCUGACCUGCGCUACUCAAACCGCCACCUCUGCCGCCAACCGAAAGGAGUCUCGUGGUGCCCACGCCCGUGAAGACUACCCCGACCGUGACGACGUGAACUGGAUGAAGCACACCCUGUCUUUCCAGAAGGAGCCCCACGGCAAGGUCGACCUGUCCUACCGCAAGGUCAUCGGCCACACGCUUGACGAGGCCGAGUGCAAGGCUGUUCCUCCAUUCAAGCGUGUGUACUAA